CUGAUUUCUUUAUCUUAUCAUCGGGUCCGCUCCCGAUGUCAAUGUCUUGGUUAGUAGAGCUUCUUUUGAUUCGACAUUGGUUCAUUCUCAAUACUUUGAUUGAGUCAACCCACCAUAAAUUCACCUUUAAUGGCAUAAUUGUUGCCACAUCAUGAGGAAUUCCUCCCAGCGAAUCACCCUCAAUGUCGCCCGCCUCUUUCACACCUCAGUCGCCGGGCCACGGCUGAGGCCUCGUCGACAAUUUCAUCUCACCUCUUUGGCUAGCUUCCCUCGAAAGCGAAGCUUCUUCACCUCGAAUCCCUACCUGUCUCAGGUCGACGACGGUUCCCGUUCCGUCUCUGAACUCUCCAAAGAAGAGAAAGGUCCUGCUUCUUCAAAGAGGAAGCCCACUCGAUCGAAUACAGCCAAGAAUUCACUGCGUCGAGUCGCCAUCAUUGCCCAGCAGCCCAAACGAGGCGCAACAGCACCAGGAAGUCCCAGCGAUGAACCUUCCAAUGUGGUCAGCGCGACCUGCGUCGCAGAAUCAUUCAAGAUGCCUGUAGUUCUCGAGAUUCUUUCAUCGCAUGGUUUUGACAUUGACCCGGAUGGCACGGGAUUCGACGCAAACGAGGUGGUCCAUGCAAGAGGUGUAAAUGGUGGAGACAUCUUUGUCUUUCCGUCCGGCACAAUUGUGACAUGGUCGCUGCCCCCCGAUGUCGUUACAAGACAGAUCAUGCGUGCUGCUGAAGAAGCGCACUCCAUUGAAAGUCGGGAGUUUGAGGAUCUCGAAUUCACAACCGAUACAAACCGAGAAGCAAGUGUGCUUAAGGGCGAUGUUAUUGUUCUUGGUACUCGCAAGGAGCACAAGGAGGCUGAUAAGCUAGACACUACUCUAGCAAAGGUUGCUUUCUCAUCGGGUCUGGCUCGAAGCACAAAACUUGCUGUUCUCGAAACGGCCUUGACCUCGUACUUUGAAAGCACACGCAACAUCCCCGCACUACUCUCACAAGGUGCUGGUGUACCUCUUGGUCGAAAGUUUAUCCUACAAAAAACAGGCGAACUUCUCAGUCUGCGUGCUCGUCUCAAUCACUAUUCUGAACUCACCGACUCAUUGCCAGAUAUCUUCUGGGACACCAGUUCCGAUCUUGGUCUAGAGGGUUACUACGAACAAGUUGGUCGUGCACUCGAUGUAAACGUGCGAAUCCGCGCAUUGAACCAAAAGAUGGACUACGCCGCUGAAAUCGCCAGCGUUCUGCGUGAGAUGUCCAGUGAGCAACAUGGUACUCGCCUUGAAUGGAUCAUUAUCGUGCUCAUUGCCGUUGAAGUAAUCUUUGAGUUACGUCGCAUUGUGCUUGAGAUGCUCCAGGAACGGGAUGAACGGAAGCUUGCGGCUGAACUGCCAAAGCCUGUGGUGACACAACCGGUAUAGAUCGCCAGCCUGGAUGUAGAUCUCUAGAGCUUUUGUACGACUGAAUGAAAAACUCCAUGUAUAACAUAUUGUAUUUGGGAAUAGGUUGAAGAUACGACAUAUGCCUCCAGGACUGGCUUGAUAGAUACCCUCAGCUCAACAGAAUUGACAAUCAACUCAA